GAGGUUUUGGUCUGCAUACCGAAAUCAGGACUUGCUUCCAUGUCAAUCCGGGAUACGACCACAACCUGGGAAUUACGAUGCCUUCAGCCAUUUCUGCGGAACUAAUUUCCUUGCCAAAAUGGCAGCGGCCUGCAAAGACACAACACGAGUUACCUUGGGCAGACAUCGCUGUGAUUGACAUUAGCAAGUUCGAUCAACCAGGCGGGAAGAAGCAGUUAGCCGAAGAACUUCGACAAGCCGUACACGAGACUGGAUUCUUCAGUCUCAUAAACACCGGCUUCACGCCAGAAGAAGUGCAACGCCAGUAUGAUAUUGGUCAAGGCUUUUUCAACCUCGCCGCCGAGGACAAGGCCAGACCGGGUAACACGUGCGACUUUUCCAAGGGGAAUUACUUUGGAUAUAGAUCGGCGCAUGACAAGAAGAUGCAGGGAACGGAUGUCCUCAACAACGUUGAGUCGGUGAAUAUUGCCAAAUUCAUCCCAAAUUACAAAGACGAACCAUUCCAUCCAUUCUUCAAGCCGUUUCGGCAAGAGAUUGAAGACUUCUCAAGACGCUCCCUCGACCUCGCAAGCAAAGUCUUCACCCUUUUCUCCAUCAUUCUGGAGCUCCCAGAAGACUACUUCUCCUCCCGCCACGCCUACGCCUCCCCAAGCGAAGAUCACCUCCGCUACAUGGGCUACCACACCCGCCCUCUCGCCGACGACCUCAAAGUCGGCAACACCUGGUCGCGCGCCCACACAGACUUUGGCUCCCUCACCCUCCUCUGGAGCCAGGACGUCGCGGGGCUCCAGAUCAAGACCUCGCCGGGCGAGGGCGCGGGCGAAUGGCGCUACGUACCGCCGGUGGACAACGGCAUCGUAUGCAACGUCGGCGACACACUCGAUUUCUGGUCCGCGGGUUACUUGAAGUCGACGACGCACCGCGUUGUGAGACCGCCUGAAGACCAGGCUCAUUUGUUUCGGCAGGGUUUGUUCUACUUUGUGAGGCCUGGUGACGAUGUUGAUAUCAAGCCUGCGCCGUCGCCGCUGCUUAAGAGACUUGGGCUGGUUGGGGAGGAUGCGGAGGAGGCUGUGCCGGUGAGGGGGUUGCAGUAUGUGAGGGAGCGGGUGAGAGAUUAUCAUGAUCACAAUGACUAUGCGGAUAUGAAGGGGAAGAAGUUUCGGGUGGGCAAUCUUGAGAUUGAGGAUGAGGCGGAGUGA